AUGAUGCGUUUUGUUGUCAUCUUGUGGUUGAUGCUGGCCGUGACUCUUAAACUGGCCGUCAAAUCGGGAUGGAACAAAAAGUUUGAAUUUUGUGAAGAUAAAUGGAAUGUGUUUGUUCAAGAAAAAAAUAAAUCGGAAGAAAGGUGCGGAAAUUUGUCUUUAACUAAUGGUUGCAUCGAAGAGAAAAAUUAUCUUUUGGAACGAUUCAGGAUGUUCAGUGAAAUUUGUCCACUUGAAGGUAAAUGUUGGUGUGCAAAAAAUGUCGUGAACAAGAUGCCCGAACUUGGGAAACGAGUAGCAAAUAUAUCUUGGAGUGAACCGGAAAACUUCACUUGUCCUCAUAAAUACAUAAAAGAAGGAGAAGAAAAGUCAAACAUUAGUUCUCCACAGUUGUUCUUAAUAGGACAGCACAAAAUUCCGUACAAGCACUUUCUGUAUGGAGGAAAAAAUUCAACAUGCUAUGUUCAUAUUAACGUUAUAUGUAAGUAUAACCAUGUUUGGAAAUUGGUAUGAACAUAUAGAUCAUAUAUAUAGAAUAAGUUGUUUGAGAAAGAUACAACUCGCGGUUUUUCGUCAAUUAUGCACUCAUAUUCCU